GAUUUUCUUCAACUACAACGACGAAUUAGUAUCAAUAUUCUGUGUGUGUGAUUUAAUCUGAAAGAAUGACGAGGAAUAUAUCCAUAUGAAAUGCGAAGUAGACUAGAGAUGAGAUUUUUGAUUUUAGGAGAUGAAAUUUUCCGGGAAAAUAGCGGUGCGUUGCGAUAAUUUUCUAGGCAACCAAACAAAACAGAACAGAGGGGGAGGGGAUUAAUUAGGGUUACAGUGAAAUGUGGUUGGUGGAUUUAGAAUUUGAUGAGGGUAGACGUGGCCGAAUUUUGCAGGGAAGGGUGAGGGAGAAGCGUCACCCGCAUGUGGGUUUAAAGGAUCAUGAUGAUAUCGGGAUUCCCAUUMCAAUAAAGAAGCAAGGGAAGGUGUUCGACGUGUCGGAACCGGGGGGAGCUCGGAAAGCGAAGCAGACCGACGUGUCGGUCCCGCGUCCUGCGCCCAGAUCCAAUCCCAGGCCACCUAAACCUGUGGAUGAAGAUCUCUACAAAAUCCCACCGGAACUYCUCCACUCUUCUAAGCGGAACAAAAUGAAAGGCUUAUUUUCAAGGUGUUUGGUACCUGCUUGCAAUUGAGGAAUUGAAGUAUGAGGAACUGUUAAAACUAUAAUUUCUAAUACCCUUUUUAUUUUAUUUUUAUUAUUUUAUUUUAUUUUAUAAAUUUUCGUUUUAGUUUUAAGGAAAUAGAAAGAGAAUAGAUUGUAUCAGUUCUUGUUCUAAUUUAAAUCUGAUGUAAAAAUGUCAUAUAGGAAUCUUGAGAGUAAACUAUCUAUCAAUGAAUUAUAUAAUGUAGUAGUAGGUUAGGUUUUGUGUU